AAUGCUAUUUCUAGUGAACCCCUAAAAAACGGAGAGAGAGAGAGAGAGAGAGAGAGAGAGAGAGAGAUUCCUCUUCUUCUUCUCCUUCAACACCUCAAAAACUCACAAACCAGAGAGAAUCAACAGGUGAGGAAUUCGAAAUCCAAGCGAGCCCCCAGACUCGCCCAGAUUCUCGGUUUCUCCACCACCGACUCAAUUUCGAUCUGAUUCUUCACAUCAAAAAAGGUUUAAACUUUAUCCACCACACCCCCACAUGGCGGAGCUAACGAAAGAAAACUCCCUCCCCAAGGAGAGAAGCUCCCCGCAAGCUCUCAUCCUUGGCCGCUACGAAAUGGGCAAGCUCCUCGGCCACGGGACCUUCGCCAAGGUCUACCUCGCCCGCAACGUCAAAACAAACGAGAGCGUCGCCAUCAAAGUCAUCGACAAGGAGAAGAUCCUCAAAGGCGGCCUCAUCGCCCACAUCAAGCGCGAGAUCUCCAUCCUCCGCCGCGUCCGCCACCCCAACAUCGUCCAGCUCUUCGAGGUCAUGGCCACCAAGUCCAAGAUCUACUUCGUCAUGGAGUACGUCCGCGGCGGCGAGCUCUUCAACAAAGUCGCCAAAGGGCGCCUCAAGGAGGAUGUCGCCCGCAAGUACUUCCAGCAGCUGAUCUCCGCCGUCACCUUCUGCCACGCCCGCGGCGUCUACCACCGCGACAUCAAGCCGGAGAAUCUCCUCCUCGACGAGAACGGGAACCUCAAAGUCUCCGACUUUGGCCUCAGCGCUGUCUCCGAUCAGAUUCGCCAGGACGGGCUUUUCCACACGUUCUGUGGGACCCCUGCUUACGUGGCGCCAGAGGUUUUGGCUAGGAAGGGGUACGACGCGGGUAAAGUUGAUAUCUGGUCUUGUGGUGUUGUGUUGUUUGUUUUGAUGGCUGGUUACCUCCCUUUUCACGACCGUAACGUUAUGGCUAUGUACAAGAAGAUUUACAAAGGAGAGUUUAGGUGUCCGAGGUGGUUCUCUCCCGAGCUCACGAGGUUGUGUUCUCGCCUCCUCGAGACGAAUCCGGAGAAACGGUUUACGUUCCCUCAGAUUAUGGAGAACUCUUGGUUCAAGAAAGGGUUUAAGCAUGUUAAGUUCUACGUGGAAGAUGAUAAGCUUUGUAACGUUGUUGAUGAUGACGAUGAGUUGGAGACUGGUUCCGUUGAGUCUGAUCGGUCUUCUACCGUUUCUGAAUCGGACGUUGAGUUUUUCAAGCCCGCGAGGAGAGUUGGGGGGUUGCCUAGGCCUGCGAGUUUGAAUGCUUUUGAUAUUAUAUCGUUCUCGCAAGGGUUUGAUUUGUCUGGUCUGUUUGAUGAUGAUGGGGAAGGGUCUAGGUUUGUCUCGGGAGCUCCGGUUUCGAAGAUUAUAUCGAAGCUGGAAGAGAUUGCUAAAGUUGUGAGCUUUACCGUGAGGAAGAAGGAUUGUAGAGUGAGUCUUGAAGGGUCGAGACAAGGAGUGAAAGGUCCUUUGACUAUUGCUGCGGAGAUAUUCGAGCUGACGCCGUCUUUGGUUGUUGUGGAAGUUAAGAAGAAAGGAGGGGAUAGAACUGAGUAUGAAGAGUUUUGUAACAAGGAGUUGAAACCGAAGUUGCAGACCUUGACGGCUGAUGAAGUAGAUGAUCCUGUGGCGGUGUCAGCGGUGGUUGAUGAAACCGCGUCUGGAGUGGCGAAUUCUCCGCCGGUUUGUUUCUUGCCUUCUGACACUGAGUAGAAGAUGAGAUCAUGAGGGGUUUUGUUAACCGAACUGAUGAAACUGCUUAGGGUUGGUGAAAUGUAGAACCGAAGUAUGUAACAUGUUAUGUUUUACAGUUGGAGAGAUCGUUAGAGACGGACUUUGAAUUAUGUUUUUACUAACCUUUUAGCAGUUUUUUUGUGUUCUUGUGUGUGUGUGGAAGAGUUUGUAAACAGUUUCGUAUCAGAUCUUUUAAUAUGUAUAAAACAAUGAAAUCAAAUAAAGAAACUUGUUUUUUUCCUU